UAAAAGUCUUAGAGUUAGCUUCGUCUAGUCUUGGAGUUCGAAGCUUGAGAGAUCUGAAGAGCGAAGCAUAUCUUUGGGUUAAUCCAACGAUGCAAGAUCGUCUCAUUAUCUAUUCAAUCCGUUCACGAUUUUUGCCUGCGAGAAUAUCAGACUUGUCAAAAUUAUUUUUAGCUCCAUUGACUCGUGAAAGACACAUUGAGCGUUAUCAAUUCAUAUUCAACUGUGGCACAAGAUAAUCAAUAUAUUCAUACACAACGUACGCUUACCAAUAAACAUUUUAAAUUUGAAUAGCUUUAUCAAUUACAUGACUGGAAAUAACGCAAUCGCUACAGAUACAUUCUUAAUUGCCAUUGUCUUAUUCGCGAAAUUCUGCUCCGAGACAAUCAGUCGUCUGUGUGUGAUCGAGACGAGCGGAUGAAGACAGUGAUUAAUUCAGUAAGUUUGGUCAUUUUCUAUAUAAUGACCUCUGCAUAUUUUCCACAGUGGAACGAAACAAAUGAUCCUGUCAUUAACGAUAUGAAUAUCAAUAUCAAUUCUUUAAUUCAACCGGUCUUUAAUUCAUUGCGUUGGGGAAGUACGAUAUUGUCCGGACUUAUUUUUUCAAAGGCUGAACGAGCGUUAUCAAUUCAUUCUCUAUAGGCGAAGGAGAUAGCGUUGUAUUUAUACACAAUACGUGUUGUCAAACAAACGAAAAGUUUAAAUAGUUUUAUCAGUUACAUGAUUAAACAUAAUCGAUUAAGAUACAUCUCUUUAAUUGUCACCGUCUUAUCCGCGAGAUUCUGCUUCAAGACAGUCAGUCGUCUGUUCACGAUCUAGACGGACGGAUGAGGAGUAUCUCAACGAGUCAUUCAGGCGGUAAACCUCGUCAGUUUUUAACGAAUCUCGCCAGCUCUCUCCAAGUUUCCAUAAUGAAGCAAACAAAUUAUCCUGUCAAUCAUCGGAUUGACGUUAUUAAUAUCAAAAUUGCCGCAUAUGCUCGUUAAUUUCAAUACGGUCUGAGCACUUUCUCCUCGAUGCAGCUUGAAACGCAGCUGAUGUCCAAUAGAAUUUGUUUCGGAAUAAUUCCUAGAAAAUCUCUUAUUGAACACUGGCUAUGUGUCAAAUUGAAACCGAGUUUUCCGUGUUAUCGAUAAACCUGUAUGGCAAAAAGGUUCGGCGAGCAUUAAAAAUCGGAGGAGAGAAAGUGAAAAGUGUAAAAAGUGUCUAAAUGAUUUGCAAUGAAAUCACAAAUCGCCUGUUCGAGUUUUUUGUUUAUUAAUUUUAAUGCGUCACUUGUAAAACUAUAUACUCUCUUCAAUUAUGUCCGAAGUGUCGUGAUUUAAGAGUUGCAUUGUUUUUACUUUAAAUCGUACUUUAACACGUAUCUCGCGCGUCAUUACUGCAGUGCAUAUACGCGCUGACUUUCAUCCUUUCUUUUCGUACACAAGUGAUAACACAUUAUGCAACAAUAACAACAUUAAUAAUAUUGUAUACAAGAUAAGAAACCAACGCAAUAAGAACCAACGCAAGAUCUCAGUAAGAGCGACUCAGUCGUAAAAGUAAAAUAAAAUAGAAAGAGAAACGCGCGCGCGCUAAAUAAACUUCUACGAAAGUUGUCCAAUUUUCAGUCGUUUUUCCGAUUCCGUUCAGUAGAAAAUUGAUUCACACAAGGCAAAAAUAGUUAGCAUACCAGAGUUCUUUUUUUCGAUAAAGGAACAUACCUGCCCUGUGUGGGAGACAGAUAUCCUUGGAGAGAACGCCGGGGUCUUUGGAUAAGCAAUCAGUUUCGAAAUUUCUUCGACACGUUACAGAGAUUAUUGUCCAAUUCGAUAAAAUAAUCCAGAAAAUGGCAACGUACGUCUGCGUCGAAGACUACGAGAAGCACGCUCUGAAACAUCUACCUUCCUCUGUGAAAGAUUAUUAUAGAAGCGGCGCAGGAGCGCAGUACAGCGUAAAACUGAACAAAGAGGCAUUCAACAGAUACAGAAUACGUCCCAGAUUUUUACGAGACGUGUCCAAGAGGGACAUAAGCACGACGGUGUUGGGACAGAAAGUUUCAAUGCCUUUGGGAGUCGCACCCACAGCGAUGCAGCGAAUGGCUCAUCCGGACGGGGAGUGUGCUAGUGCAAGAGCCGCUCAGGCAGCAGGAACAAUCUUUAUACUGUCAACAAUAUCGACGAGCAGCAUUGAAGAAGUGAUGGAAGCGGCACCCAAUGGCAUAAAUUGGUUCCAACUCUACAUUUAUCGUGACAGGAGUGUCACUUUAAAUUUAAUAAGGCGCGCUGAACAUUCUGGCUUCAAAGCGUUAGUUCUCACCGUCGAUGCGCCGUUGUUUGGCGAUAGACGAGCUGAUGUGAGAAAUAAAUUUGCGUUACCGAGUCACCUAAGAUUUGCGAAUUUCGAGGGUGAUUUGUCGCAACGAAUAAAUUCUGCAAAGACCGGUUCCGGCCUGAAUGAAUAUGUCACCAAAAUGUUCGACGCGUCUUUCACAUGGAAAGAUGUAAAAUGGAUAAAAAGAAUCACAAAGUUGCCGAUAAUUCUCAAGGGAAUUUUGACGGUCGAGGAUGCACAUUUGGCCGUCGAAAGCGGGGCUGACGGUAUUAUCGUGUCGAAUCAUGGAGCUCGUCAAAUAGAUAGUGUUCCAGCCACGAUAGAAGCUUUGCCAGAAAUAAUUAGAGGUGUAGGAGAUAAAAUCGAAGUCUAUAUGGAUGGAGGAGUAACGCAGGGUAUCGACGUGUUUAAAGCCUUGGCAUUGGGUGCGAAAAUGGUAUUCUUUGGCAGACCAAUGCUGUGGGGCUUGACAUAUAACGGUGAAAACGGCGCCAAAGAGAUUCUCGAACUCAUGCGAAAAGAGAUCGACCUAGCUUUUGCAUUAACUGGAUGUACAUCUGUAAAAGAUGUUAUAUCAGAUAUGGUGAUUCACGAAUCUUAUUAUUCUCGUCUGUGAAGAUAAGUUUUAUUUAAUAUACAAUUAAUACAGCAUUUAUAAGUAACUAUUAUCAAUCCACGUGCACUUAUAAACACUUAUAUAGUAAGUUUAUAACGUGUUUAUAUUAUCU